GUCAGCCAAACUUGUUGCUUAUCACGCCUGCAAAGCUGCAAAAUUGUUCGAAUCAAAAGGGACAUACUUUCUUUUCGCGCUUUUGGUUUCCGCGACAACCAUGAAACGCGCACCGAAGCAGGACGAAAGCAAACCCGGAGAAAUGGAAACCGACUCACCCAAAAAGGGGACUGCCGAUCUUCCGAUUCAGUACCCGGUCAAACCGAAAAGGCCGUAUCCCGGAUUCCGAAAGAAUUUCUACGACUAUUUCGCCGAGUAUUCGAACAAUACCGGAAUACACGGCUUCAAGUAUAUGGGUGAACAGGAACGCACAAUAUUCGAAAGACUUUGGUGGUUCGUCCUCUUCUGCAUAUCGCUUUACAUCUGUAUCAACCUGAUCAUCCAGACGUGGAUCAAAUGGGACACGUCUCCGGUAUUGGUAAGCUUCGCCCGCAGUCCUACACCCGUCUGGCAGGUACCCUUCCCGGCUGUCACCGUCUGCUCCGAAACCAAAGCCAAGCAAACCAAAUACAACUUUACGGAAAACUACCACAGGAUGAUUAGUUCGAACAACACCAUGACGGAGCAUGAAAAAAAACAGUUCGCUGAUCUGGCGCUGGUAUGCGAAAACCACCUCUACACUGAAGGAAAUCUAACGACCGGUUAUGACACACUGGAUUUCCUGAUGAGCAUUUCGCCGCAAUUCGACGAGAUGCUGUGGUCCUGCAAGUGGACCCUCCAAAACGAAACCUGCCGCAACUUUUUCACCCCCAUCCUCACUGAGGACGGCAUGUGCUUCACGUUCAACAUGUUGGACAGAACUGAACUGUACAAGAACAACGUGUUCCUGCCUGGGGAUUUUAUGUCCCAUAACCGAAGGUCUGAUGGAUGGACCCUCGAAGGCGGAUACCCUAUGGACGCCGACAUCGACACGUAUCCCAGACGGGCGAUGUCUGCCGGAUUUUCAGCAGGUUUCUUCCUUUUGCUUAGAGCUUACGAGCAAGACUUGGAUUACAUAUGCAGGGGUCCGGUACCCGGAUUUAAGAUCCUUCUUCACAACCCAGCCGAGGUGCCGAGAGUGGGGAUGCAGUACUUUCGAGCACCGCUAAACCAGGAGGUCGUCGUCGCCGUCAAACCGGAUAUGAUGACGACCUCGGAUGGUCUAAAGGACUACGACCCCCACCGCAGGCAGUGCUACUUCCCCAACGAACGUCAACUUGCGUUCUACAAGAGCUACACUCAGCAAAACUGCGAGGUGGAGUGUUUGACCAACUUCACCCUGGCCAGGUGCAAGUGCGUCGCCUACCACAUGCCACAUGAGGAAGGGACACCUAUUUGCGGAUCCGGGAAUUUGAAAUGCAUGUUUGAAGCCCAAACGGAACUGCUGCAAAUCGAAGUCCAAUCGGGCCUAAACAGCAUCGACGACGAGGAAGGCCUCAACAUAACCUCAAAAUGCGAUUGCCUGCCCGCGUGCACCUCGCUCGUCUACAACGCGGAAACUUCUCAAGCCGAUUUUCAAUUCGAGAAACUGUUUCAAGCUUUCAAAGCGAACCUGAGCGAGUUUCCCGGCGUGCAACUGACCCGCAUCACGAUCUUCUUCAAGGAGCAACAGUUUAUCACGUCGGAGAGGAACGAGCUUUAUGGCGAGACCGAUUUUCUGGCCAACUGCGGCGGUCUUUUGGGUCUGUUUACGGGUUUCUCGUUCCUCUCCAUCGUGGAGAUCGUUUACUUUUUAUCGCUGAGGUUGAUCUGCAACGUGAAGAAGUACGGCCGCCAUUAUUGGUCCGGAUCGCCCGAGCUCGUCAACAACGACGCUUAUAUCCACAAGAAAUAAAACGCCCCCGGCAUGCCUUCCAUGUUAACAUUUCGCAAAUAUAUAUAAGAUGGAUAUUUCGGUUAUUCUUUGGCUCCAUUGGUUAGUAUCUGAAGUCAUCGACCAAUACCGUCGGCGUAG